CCGGUUUCCUUACUUCCGGGGCGGGACUUCCUGUUCAUCGCAAGCAAAGGGUUGCCGAGCAGGUUGGAAGGCCGGAUGCAACGGCUCCGCCCCUAGCGUCCCGUGGCCAUGACGACCGCUCCUAGGGACUCGGUAGUGUGGAAGCUUGCGGGGCUUCUGCGGGAGUCUGGGGAUGUGGUCCUGUCUGGCUGUAGCACACUGAGCCUCCUGACUGCUACACUGCAGCAGUUGAAUCGACUAUUUGAGCUGUACCUGGGGCUGUGGGGUCCUGGCCAGACAGGUUUUGUGGCUCUGCCCUCCCACCCUGCCGACUCCCCCAUCAUCCUCCAGCUUCAGUUCCUCUUCGAUGUGCUGCAGAAAACACUUUCACUCAAGCUGGUCCAUAUCCCUGGACCUGACCUUCCAGGGCCCAUCAAGAUUUUUCCUUUCAAGUCCCUUCGUCAGCUGGAGCUUCGAGGUGUCCCCCUACAUUGCCUGCAUGGCCUCCAGGGCAUCUACUCCCAGCUGGAGACCCUGAUUUGCAGCAGAAGCAUCCAGGCACUAGAGGACCUGCUCUCAGCCUGUGGAGGUGACCUCUGCUCUGCCCUCCCCUGGCUGGCUUUGCUUUCUGCUAACUUCAGUUACAAUGCCCUGACUGCCUUAGACAGCUCCCUGCGUCUCUUGUCGGCUCUGCGCUUCCUGAACCUGAGCCACAACCGAGUGCAGGACUGCAAAGGCUUCCUGAUGGAUUUGUCUGAGCUGUGUCAUCUGGACAUUUCCUAUAACUACCUGAACUUGGUGCCGAGAAUGGGACCGUCAGGGGCUGCCCUGAGGACUUUGAUACUACGAAGCAACGAGCUCCGGAACCUGCAAGGCCUGGAGCACUUGAAAAACCUGCGACACCUCGAUGUGGCAUACAAUCUGCUCGAAGGACACAGGGAGCUAUCGCCGCUGUGCCUGCUGGCGGAACUCCGCAAGCUCUACCUGGAGGGGAACCCUUUGUGGUUCCACCCUGCACAUCGUGUAGCCACCACCCAGUACCUGUCACCCCGGGCCAGGGAUGCUGCUCAUGGUUUUCUUCUUGACGGGGAGGUCUUGUCACUGAAAGACUUUCAGACCUCCACAUUCUUGGGGGUUGGCCCUUUGGCCCCACCCCAGCCCUGGACCUUGGGGAGUACCACCGAAACCUCAGGUGGCCCUGAGCUGAGUGACAGCCUCUCUUCAGGGGGUGUUGUGGCCCAGGGCCCUCUUCGUAAGGUUAAGAGCCGAGUCCGUGUGAGGCGGGCAAGCAUCUCUGAGCCCAGUGAUACAGACCCGGAGCCCCGAACCCUGGACCCCUCCCCAGCUGGAUUGUUUGUGCAUCAACAUCGGGAACUCGAGCUGCUGAACAGCUUCCGGGAGAGGUUUGGCUGUGACUGGCUGCAGUAUAGGAACCAGCUGGGGGCCUCUGGGAGCCCCCUUCUGACCACCUCGAAAGCUCCUGCCCUGAGCACCUCCCCUCCAGGUGUCCUGGACCCUGAGACUCCAUCAAGCCCUCAGACUUCAGAGAAGGCAGCUGGAGGGCCUGAGGAGUCAGAACAGAAAGUGGCAGAGCAGGGCAGGAUGGAGCUGCGGCCCCUGGAGGAAGAGGAGAGGGAGGAACGGGAAAAAGAAGAGAGAGCAAAGGAGAGACAGGAAGAGGAAGAAGAGCAGGAGCAGAAGGAAGUGGAAGCCGAGCUCUGUCGCCCUAUGUUGGUGUGUCCCCUGCAGAGGCCUAAGGGGCUUCGGGGCAUGGAAUGCUUUCUCCGGGUCACUUCCGCCCAUGUGGUGGAGGUGGAACUCCAAGCAGGUCGAACUCUGGGGCAGCUGGAGCUGCAGAGUCUGGUGACAGCUGAGCUAGAGCCCAAGAGCCCAACCCAGAGAGAUCCAGUGCCCGAGGGCUCAGAUCACCUCUCCAGGGCCCCUGUCCUUGCGCUGCGCUUCGCCUACAUUUGCCCUGACCGGCAGCUGCGUCGCUACGUUGUGCUGGAGCCUGAUGCCCACGCAGCCGCCCAGGAGCUCCUUGCUGUGCUGAACCCGUUCACAGCCGUAGCUCAGCAGCAGCUUGGGAAGGCCAGCAGCCCGCUGGGAGGCAGGUUCCAGUGUUUGCGCUGUGGCUGUGAGUUCAGGCCAGAAGAGCCGAGGUUGGGGUUGGACAGCGAGGAAAGCUGGAGGCCGCUGUUUCAAAAGACAGAGUCUCCUGCUGUGUGUCCCAGCUGUGGUAGUGACCAUGUGGUUCUCCUGGCUCUGUCUGGGGAAACGCCCCACAGGGAGCAGAACCAGGCAGAGCAGCCCCCAGCUCCCUCUCAGUCCUCCAGCCCUGUCUGUGACUCUCCUGGCCACAGUGACCCCAGCAGGGCUGACAACAUCCUGGUCUCCCAUGGCCGCAGCAGCUGGAGCCUCAGUCCACGUGGUGAGCGCUGUGGCUUCCGUUCUGUGGACCACCGACUCCGGCUCUUCCUGGAUGUUGAGGUGUUCAGUGAUGCCCAGGAGGAGUUCCAGUGCUGCAUUAAGGUACCAGUGGUGGUGUCAGGUCACGUGGGGGAAUUUCUGUGUCUUGUAGUCGUGUCUGAUCACAGGCUUUACCUGUUGAAGGUCACAGGGGACAUCUGCGGGCCUCCAGCUAACUGGCUCCAGCCAACCCUGGCCGUUCCCCUGCAGGAUUUGAGUGGCAUGGAGCUGGGCCUGGCAGGCCAGAGUCUGCGGCUGGAGUGGGCGGCUGGGGUGGGCAGCUGUGUGCUGCUGCCCCGAGAUGCCAGGUGUUGCCAGCUCUUCCUCGAGGAGCUCAUUGGUGUCUUGCAGUCUCUGCCUGUCACCCGGAGGAACUGUGUCAGUGCCACGGAGGAGGAGGUGACCCCCCAGCACCGGCUCUGGCCUCUGCUGGGACAAGACACUUCCUCAGAGGCUCCCCGGUUCUUCUACCUUCGGGUGUUCCUGGUUGAAGGACCCUCUGCCUGUCCUGUGUCCCUGUUGGUGACUCUGGCCACGUUGUACCUGUUAGACGAGGACCUGGCAGGGUCCCAUGCAGAGCCCCCCCUCGCAGCAGCAUCUGGCGAAGCCUCUGAGAAGGCCCCUUCCUUGGGGCUGGGCCCCUGUGUGCGGGUCAGGGAGCAGCAGCCACUUAGCAGCCUGAGCUCUGUGCUGCUCUACCGCACAGCCCCUGAGGACUUGCGGCUGGUCUUCUACGAUGAGGUGUCUCGCCUGGAGAGCUUCUGGGCACUCCGUGUUGUGUGCCAGGAGCAGCUGACAGCCCUGCUGGCCUGGAUCCGAGAGCCCUGGGAAGAGCUGUUUUCUAUCGGACUCCGGACUGUGACCCAGGAGGCUGUGGACCUUGACCGAUGACGCUUUCAUACCAGCCCCAGCCUGACCUCAGGAGCCGUGCUGCAGAGGCUCUCUCUUCUGGUCUGUGGCCCUGGCUGUGGACUUCUCUGGCCUUUGGGUGCUGGCAGCGAAGCUCCCAGUGACCCAUGGCUUAAGGAAUGGUCUCGGCCCUGGGGUGAUCUGGCCUAAGGGGACAAGCUGUGUCGUCAGUGGGAAUGUUUCUCUUGCACUUUUUCUCAGGUAUCAAUAAAGUUAUUUCCAUUUAGUUGUCA